AGGAAAGUGUUCUGCCCUGCAUAUGUUUUAUACCUUAAAGAUAUUGAAUUGUCUGUUGAAAAGUUUGAGAUGUUAGACAUGAAAAUGGUACUGGCCCUUUUAUUUUGAAGCCUGUGAUGACAGAGGAAAAAAAAAACAGGAAACAGGAAGUAGGAAGAACUGUAAAAAAGAUGUAAGGUGUGGUUGCAUGUGGGCAGUUUCUGCUGUGCAAUCUAAUUCAAUCCAUGGUGUGCAUCCUUCAGAAGGCAAUGGCUUUUCACUCCAAUUCAAUGUUGUCAUCUUGACUUAUCUGGUGUAUGAAGUCAUUAAAGGAGCAAGCCCGCUUUCUUACCUGACUCUUGAAAAGGAGUUUGUGCUGGCUGUUUAUCUAUGUUAACACUUCGGAGGUAAAACACAUAGAGAGAACAGUACAGAAAGCAUUCAGUGAAAACAGGGUAGGGAUCUUUGAAAAGGAAUUGUCCAAUUCAGUGAAUUGACAUCUGUCACAGUAAGUACAUUCAGGACCAUAGUGUCCUUUCCCUGGGACACCUAUGUGUCACGAUCCGCUCCGUUCGAUCCCGAUGUGUGCCACGCCCACCUCGUUACCUCGUGUGAUUCCCUGAUUGUUCUCACCUGUGGCUCGUUACCAGCAGUGAUGGGAAUAACGGCGCUAUAAAUAAACGGCGAAACUUUUUUCAGUAACAAGUAAUCAAACGAAUUACUGUUUCCCCCGUUACAACGCCGUUACCGUUACUGACAAUAAAAUGCGCGUUACUAUAACUGAGAACACUGAAGCGGUUUUCAUGCGAGCAGUGUCUCUCUCAGCCAUAGGACCUCUCUUUCUCUGGGGUGUGUGUGUGUUUGUGUGUGUUCGGGGCCGGGGCGGGACACAUAACCAGUGAUGAUGAUUGGUGUGUCUGCACACGUGGUGUAACUGAGAACGCGAUGAUUGGCUUAGAUUGAGUAAAUUUCCAUUGUUUACCAAUCAAAGGCAGAGUAGUGCAGGUGAUCACACAAAAGGACACGCACGGUCAGUUGCACACACCAACAUCCAGGAAUCACAACGAUGGCAAGUCCAACAAAUUCAAAGGUAGCUUUUGCAAACUGGAAAUAUAAGCACUACUUUUCCCUCGCUGAGGUGAAAGGCAAAAAUGUUUAUGUAACAGGAAAAAAGAGUCUCUCUGCGUCGGUAACAAGUAAUUCUAAUCUACUGAUUAACUGAAGCACCUCACAUCGUCACAUGCCGCCACAAAAUUAGUGGCUAAGAACGCAGGUGAUAACGUGAGCUCUGCUACCAAAGGACAUUUCUACAUUUCUUCAGAAGCAUAAUUUAUAUUUAGACUUAUUUGUUGACAAGUUGUGGUCUGUGCAAUAAAUAUUUAAAGUUCUAAACCAUCUAUUGUGCUUUACUGUUCCACUAAAGUAAUGAUAAUAUUUAUAAUAAUAUGUUGAAUUUGAUAGUUGUCUCUCACGUUGUCCCACAACAACAUUAAAAUAGUGUAGAUUAGUGUACAAUGUUUUAUAUUUAUAGUUAUAUUAAAUUUGUUUUUUUUUUUUUAAGUAACGCAAUAGUUACUUUGCCUGGUAAUUAGUUACUUUUAUAAUGAUGUAACUCAGUUACUAACUCAGUUACUAUUUGUGAGAAGUAACUAGUAACUAUAACUUAUUACUUUUUUAAAGAUACAUGCCCAACACUGGUUACCAGUAGCUUGUCUUUUGUAUAUAGUCCUUGUCUCAGUCAGUCUACCCAGAUCCGUCAUUGUAGUGUCUGUGGAUGUUCGUGCCUGUUUACCCUCCGUCUCGAAUAAAACCCUGUUUGCCCGACUUCAUGGCUUCGCUCGCCUGCUUUCCGGCUCGCCCGCCCCGCACCCUGACAGAAUGACUGAUCUCUACAACAAUUCACCGCAGCAAGCCGAAAGCCAACGGAUCGGCUUGCUGCAAGAGGUGAUUUACUGGCUGUCCCAACCCGAGGUCCAGGAAGACCCCGUAGCCCGGGACAUGGCCAGCCGGAGCGGAGACCUCCUGAGCGAGGCACCCCCUCCUGGAAACGCGUACCCCCUGCAGGAGGUACGCGAGAAUCUUCGGCUGCUAAUACAGCGGAUUACAGACCGGAGAGCCCAGUUGGUCGCGUUGUGCUGCGCUGGGGCUGCUGUACCGCCUUCUGUCCUCACAGAGACGGCGCAGCCGCUUCCUUCCACCGCCACAAGCCGGAGGCGGAAGAAGAAAAAAAGAGAGCAGAGACAGAAGGAGGACCUGACAAUCCUCCUGGGAGCUGCCUCUCUUUCCCCAGCAUCGUUUCCUGCUAGUCUUCGGGGGGAAGCCCUGAUCGCUCCGGACGUCAGCCCUGAUCGCUCCGAACGUCAACGCCACUGCGAAGGUGCCUUUGCAGGCAGCUUCUCCCUUCCGGGAACGCGGCUAGCCCUUAAAGGGGCCAGGGCCAUCUGGGAUGCGAUUCCCCGAAUCCCAAGGUCCUUAAAGGGGCAGCGCCAGCACGCCCGGCGCCAAUCCUGGCGCCUAUUUCGGACCUGCCUGCUCCGGACUUGCCAGCAGCACCUGCUGCUACUGCCGCCGCACUGCCCGCGGCAAUGCCUGACCCGCUCGUCCUGCCUGCGGUUCCUGCAGCUGCCGUCGCCGCUCUGCCUGAGGUGCCUGCUACGGCGCCCCUGUCCUGCCCGCGGCCCUGCCUGAGGCCGCCUCUCUGCCCGUCCAGCCUGCACCGGACCCGCCUGCUCCUAACCCGCCUGUUCCCGUCCUGCCCGCAGCUCCAGCUGCACCGCCUCCUGCAGCUGCCACCGCUCUGCCUGCGGCACUGCCCGAGGUGGCCACGGAUGUGCCCCCUGCUGG